AUGGAACAACAAGGAGGUCGUCAAGAAGAAGCAGCAGGACCAUCGAUACCAAAUCCUCCUGAUGUCGUGGCGCCAUCCGAAGAUCGUGUGUUGGAAGAAAAACCACAAAAUGGAAUGGAAGACGGCAAAGCAGUAAAGCCUCCUAGUGCCUCUGAAGAUGAAGAACACAAACAGGAAACAGAAGCAACAGAUGGUGCCACUACAGGACAAAACCAAUCUCCGGGUUCUACUGCAGGAUCACCAGUAGAUCAAGAGACAUCAGGCAACACAGCUGAUAACUCUACACCUGGCACCUCUAAUGCUACCCAGCAAUCUCCUGAAGCUGUUGUUGAUGCGACUUCCCCAUCAGAGUCACAAGAAACCACUUCCACUACUCCGGCUAGCACCGAGAACACUAAUACUGAUGCAUCAGCCACCACUCCAUCACCUGUACCGAACGCAGAGAUCAGCAACAUCGCUUCCACCGUAAAAAACAAGGCCAAUGUUGACAGCAGUAUCAGUCCUGUGUGGAUGCGCACUGCAGCACCACUCCUGAUUGUGGCUGUGUUGGUCUCCGUUACCGUGUACUGA